AUGGCCGUGUUUCUAUUCCAUAGCUUCGUCAAGUUCAUCCCAAUCAGAGUUUCCAGGGUUCGCUUAUUACCUGCUCUGAAUAUUUCAAUCUGCAAUCGGCCACCAUUUUCGACCCAAAUUUCUCCUGAAGAAAGCACCGACGAAAUCCUGAACCAAAUCCUAGCUUGUGAGAACAAUCCUUCUGUUUCUAGAGAAGAAAUUUGUAUCAACCACAUUCGAAGGCUGUGCGCUGCCGAAAACCUUCAAGCCGCCGUCAUUCUCCCGCAGAAAUUACGCGGUAAGCAAAUUUUCCUCGGCCCCCGUGUGUAUAAUUACCUUCUAGAAGCUUCGGUUGCGAAGAAUGAUGUUGAGGCCCUCUCUCAAGUCUUUAGAGAUCUUCUUGUAUUUUCUGGUUCAAUCACUUUGAGCUCAUAUCUAAUCGUCGCUAGAGCUCUUGGAAAAUUUGAUAAUCCUUCUGUGUUGCUGAAUUUCAUCAAACAAGUUAGCGAAUUGGAACUGCCCAGAAUCGAUAUUGUUCUGAACAGGCUUAUAUUUGCUCUGGCUAAGUGUGGGCAUGUCGAAAGUGCCUUGUUGAUAGUCGAUCAAAUGAAGAGCUUGAAAUGUGAGCCGGAUUUGGUCACGUACAAUAUGGUUUUGGCGAUUUUGGGUCGUCAGGGGCGAGUUGAUGACAUGCUGCGUUUGUUUGAGUUGAUAAAAGCUGCUGCCGGUCUUGCUCCGGAUAUCGUAACGUAUAACACAGUAUUGAAUUGUGUUCGUAAAAUGGGUAGAUUUGAUUUGUGCUUGUUUUACUUUGAGGAGAUGAGUGAGAGAGGCAUUCAGCCGGAUGUGGUGAGCUAUAAAGCUCUGGUCGAGAGCUUAGGGAGAUCGGGACAUGUUGAAGAAGCCUUGAGAGCAUUUGAUGAGAUGAAAUGUAGAGGGAUCAGUCCUUCAGUUCAUAUCUACCAGGCUUUGAUUUUUAGUUUAAAGAAAUCCGGGAGAUUGGAGUUGGCUUCGAAAUUCUCCACGGAGAUGAAUAAACUCUUUCCGAAACCGGUUGUUCCAAGGGAUUUCCAGUUUGGGAAAUACAAAUAA